CAUAAGGAAAGGAAGGAAGGAAGACUAAAUUAAUAGGGGUCGUGAUCGGUCCUGAUCGCGAUCAUUUUUCCAAAACAUAUUGGUUGUAAAAUAUAACCAUCAAUACUCAUUAACGACAGUUUAAUGGGGAAUGAGAAAAGUGCCCUAGGUGGGCUGGAAAUUGACGAAAAAGCUGUGGAAAUUACAGACUUUUGGCUACAUCACAGUGCAUCUGUGAAUGGGUCCACUCCUCAACAGUUAUCAGUUUUUAUUAGUGAGCCUUCUCUGCAUUCCACUGCUAGUUUUGGAAACCCAUCGCCUUUGGAAAGAACUGCAAAAAAUUUAAUGCUGUAUCGACAUCCAUGUAUAUUGAAGUAUAUAUCUUCAUGGCAUAAAGGUAGUAAGUUUCUCCUUGCAACUGAGGAAGUAAAGCCACUGGUGCAAGCUAUUGGUACACAAACAACGCUUCAAAUUUGUAUUGGACUGCAUAGUAUACUUCGUGCUCUGAUUUUUCUUCAUGAAAAGGCUCUGGCUUCGCAUAAUAAUGUUUGCAGCAGUUCCAUCUAUGUGACUUCUGAAGGAUUUUGGAAGUUGGGUGGCUUGGAAUAUCUUUGCAGAUUUACAGAGUUGACCCCAGCAUAUUUGCAAAAGACAAGGAAUUAUCGAUAUGAAAAGGCUAUCUCUCCAGAAGAAGAUGGAGCCAAGUCAGCAGUUUUAUUGGAACCUACUGCUAUUGAUCAAUUUGCAUUUGGUGUACUUGCUGAGGAAGUUUUACGAUUAAAGAACAAUGAUGAUGUGCCAGCUCUAGCUGAAUUUAAAGAACUAUGUAAAAGACAUUUACAAAAUGUAGAGCCUUCACUGAGAACAAAAUUAUCAUCUGUACUUAUUCAUCCAUUCUUUACACAUGAUUUCAUAACGAUACACGCAUUUCUGAUGGAAUUACCCCUGAAGAGUGAGCUAGACAAGCAAGAAUUUUUUUCAAAUUUAGUUGUGCAGUUAAAAGGAUUUCCUGAAAAAAUAGUGGCCGAGCAAUUAGGGAAGCUUUUACUAUCGCGAAUGGUACUGUUAGAUUUCACUGCACAAGAGAAAUUGUUACCUCAUGUCUUGAAGCCAAAAGGUGAAAAUGGGGAUGAAAGAGAUUCUAGCCUCUUUUCUUUACCUACAUUUAAGAGUCAUUUAGUACCCAGACUCUUACAGAUAUUCUGUGUUCGUGAUGCUUCGAUAAGAUUACUUCUCUUGUCACAUUUUAAUUCCUUCAGUCAUGCAUUUCAAACUGAAGAGCUGAAAACACACAUUUUACCCGAACUUCUAGUCGGUAUCAAGGAUACCAAUGAUCUCUUGGUUAGUACUACUCUGAGAGCAUUGGCAGAUCUGGUACCUAUCCUGGGUGCAGCCGCAGUCAUUGGUGGUAGCAGAGGAAAAGUUUUUACGGACGGUCGACCUAAUAAAAUUCCAAAGCGAAAAGAGUCAAGAUCACAAGUACAACGCGCUCUAGGAAAUAUUGAGGUUAAAAAUGUUCCUACAAAUACAAAUACCUUAAUCCUGGAUUUACCAGAAAGACCGUCGCCAGAUGGUGGUGAAGACGGAAUAGAAUCAAAAUCUAUAUUUGCUGAAGAAGAAAGUACCUGGUCUGAUUGGGAAACUCAGGAAGUCUCUAAUACUGACAUCAAUACUUCAGAACUAGCUCUUGAAAACACUGAAAUAGUCGAAGAACUGCAGUUACAAGUCAAUGUGCAAGCCUCAGAGAAUUCCAUCAGUUUAUCCAAAACUGACAAGCAGAACUAUACAAAAAAAUUAAUAAUUUCUGACAUAUCCGAACUUGAUAUAAAACAUUCUAAAUCUGUUCAACCUAUGAAAGAUGAAUUUGACUUCUUUACGGAUAUGGAACCAGUAAUUCAGAAGACACAAGUUUUACACAUAGAAGACGUAUCUAUCACUAAGAAUUUAUUUGAUAUGAAAACAUUUAAUGGUACAGGUGAAGCUGAUGUUGAUGAUGAAGGUUGGGGUGAUGAUUUGAAUGAUUGGGGUGCAGAGGAAACGAAUGAAUUGAAGGAUUAGCAAACAAAAUAUAUAUACUUUUUAAUACGGCUGUUGUAUAUAUGAUAAAUACAUAGAAUUCUGCAUAUUAAA